GGCGCGGCGGCAGUGCAGCUUAGGGGAGGGGACCAGAGAAGAAGGGCCGAGCAAACCCGGAGGAGAGAGGAGGGGAGAUCAGCCACCUCCCUUCAAUGCUCACAGACUUGUUCCCUCCCGGUCUGCGGCUGCUGCAGCAGCAGUGGCGGCGGGACGCAGGAGCAGCGGAUGAGACUGGGACAAACUGAGGCCGCUGGAUUUGCCACUGUCACUGCUGUUUCCUCUUCCCCACGGGCCCUCUCCUAUCUCCCUUCUCUAAGAUGGCAGCCAGCAGCUCUGAGGUCCCUGAAAUGAAGGGGGUAGAAGAUAGUUCCAAGACCCAGAGAGAAGGACCUGACCAUUCUGAAACUGGACUAGGUCCUGCCCAGGUUGUAGCAGAGAUUCCAGUCCAGCCAGAGGCCCUUCAGCCAGGCCCAGGUAUCACUGCAGCCCCUGUGGACUCAGGGCCUAAGGCUGAGCUGGACCCAGAAACCACAGAGACCCCAGUUGAGGCCCCCGAAACAGCCCAGGCCACAGACCUCAGCUUAAACCCAGGAGAAGAAUCCAAGGCCAGCCCCAGCCCCAGCGAGGCAUGCCAAGAGCCAGCACCCAAACCAGAUGCGAAGAAAGAAGCCGCAGCAGAGCAGGGGUCUGAGCCACAGUCUGCAGCCCCUCCUGAGUCAGUCUCAGAGCCCGCUUUCCAGUCAGACCCUCAGCCAGCUCCCCAGCCUUCUCCUAAACUACCCCUUCAGCCAGAGGCCCCCACCCAAGAGGACCCUACCCCUGAGAUCCUGACAGAAAGUAUAGGGGAAAAGCAAGAAAAUGGAGCAGUGGUUCCCCUUCAGGCUGGUGAUGGGGAAGAGGGUCCAGCCCCUGAGCCUCACUCGCCACCCUCAACUAAAACACCACCAGCCAAUGGGGCUCCCCCUCGUGUGCUGCAGAAGCUGGUCGAGGAGGACAGAAUAGGAAGGGCUCAUAGUGGGCACCCAGGAUCUCCACGAGGUAGCCUGAGCCGCCAUCCCAGCUCCCAGCUGGCAGGGCCUGGGGUGGAAGGGGGUGAUGGCACCCAGAAACCCCGGGACUACAUCAUCCUUGCCAUCCUGUCCUGCUUCUGCCCCAUGUGGCCUGUCAACAUUGUGGCCUUCGCUUAUGCCGUCAUGUCCCGGAACAGCCUGCAACAGGGAGACGUGGAUGGGGCUCAACGUCUGGGCCGAGUAGCCAAGCUCUUAAGCAUCGUGGCGCUGGUGGGGGGGGUCCUCAUCAUCAUCGCCUCCUGCGUCAUCAACUUGGGCGUGUAUAAGUGAGGGGCUCUGCCCUGCCUUCCAAGACUUUUCUUCCUGUUGGGAGCUGUCUUGGGUCCAUCCCUACUCUGGGGGAUGCCCAGUCCAUGGCCCUGGCCCCAUCCCUAGGGACCAAGGGAGCCUGAGCAGCCUUGUUUACAGCUUAUGUCCUGCUCCUGCAUCCUGCCAGGCUCCACUGCCAGCCAUUGGCUUCCUUUCUCCCUGCACUUUUGCCUGCGGAUCUCCCCUCCUGCCUCUUGGCCUCCCUAACCCUGCACUCUGAAAAACCUCUCUGCACUUCUGGAAGCCUCCUGAACAUCCAAAUUGUACUCUGCACCUCUGCAUCCCCCCCCCAACACUUGUUCCUGCCUCUGGAACCCUCUGCACCUCUCUGCAUCCCCCACCACACUUGUUCCUGCCUCUGCACCGUAAUUAACCUUGACCUCCUAACUUUCAUUGUCUUGGUAUCUAACCCAUUCUUCCCUUCCCUUCCCUUCCUUAAUACCUUUUCCCCUUGCCACAUCCCCUGACCCCUUCUGCCUUCUCAUCUUCCCAUCUUCAACCCUCCUGCCACCAUUUAGUCUGCAAAAACUGCAGUACUUAGGUCAGGCUGAGGGAGGAAGGAUGGUGUGGGAAGUGGACUGCCUAACUAGGGGCUCUGACUGUUCUCUGCUGGGGACCACCCGGGCCCAGACCAUACAUACCCAGACCCCAAUCCCCAAGGUGCCUAUUGGGUCGCAAAGUUGGCCAGCCAGGCCUCUCCUGGGGGACUUGCACCAGAGUGGAAGUCCUUAUUCUGAACAUCCAGGGGAGGAGUGCCGCAGCGGCUGAAGGGUCAGCCUGAGCUGACCUGCCCAUUUGGGCUUAAUUAUAACCUCAGAGUUUCUUGUUUGAAGGUCUGAGGGGUUUGGGCCAUUCACUUGCUUUGUAAACAGGCGUAUUUAAAAAGAAAAAGAAAAGGACCAAAGUUCCCAGCUCCAGGGAGCGAGGGAGGGGUGGAGGAGCUCUGUGAUUAUUCUCUAAGAGGAUGAGGGAGGUUUGUUGCACGUGACAGCCCUCUGAGGAGGCAGGGAGCCAGCUGCGAUGCAUUUCGGAAUUGGUGGGGGUUUUUUGUUUCUUUAAAAAAAAAAAAAGUUGGGGGAAACUAAAAUUCCUUUUAAAAACAAUUAAACUGAGUCUCCCUUUUUGUAUGCUGAAUGCUGCAUGAGUUUUAAAACCAAUAAACAGAGAAUGCAUGAGA